UGUUUAACGCGUAUAACUCACCUCAGUUUCGGACCAUGUCGCGCCAAUUGAGUUUUAAUCCGCAGAAGGAAUAUGAGUUGAUCGAGUACCCCGGCCGAGUGGUUAAUCCUGAUCGGAUGAUAGCCACUCUAGGCGGCAUCAUCAAUGUCUCCAAGGUUCUGGGCGACGAAGUGAAACGAUUGGCAUUGCACUUCCAUCCGGAGAAUCCCUACAACAAACCCACUUUUGGGGACUGCACGGAUAAGACUGGCGUCCUGCUAUCCAUAACCGUGAGGCGCCACAAAAAGGACAAGCAACGGCCUCCGGAAUAUUUUGUACGGGUUUUGGGCCACUGCAGCAGGAGUUUCACCUUCGAAACGCUUUGUGAUUUCCAAUACUUACCCCUUUGGUCAACUCCCAAAAGUGACAAUGCAAAUGCUGCCCAGGAGCUCACCUUCGCUUUGGAUCAGUUGAAACCCAGGGACACCACCGACUUGGACUUCUUUAAACGUCGCCACAGUCAGUUGCUGGCGCUGCCCGAAUUGUUCACCCAUGUGGACACAGUCUACGCGGGCACACAUCGCAUCGAUCCCUCAGAAGACGGCCAACAUGAGGUGCUGGGCGUGCAGUCCAAGUCCUCCUACGACAACCAGGGCGUGGUUUCGUUCAAUAUGGUGGACAGCUUUCCGACUCAGGCAGACUCCCAAAACCUUAAACGACUCAAGGUUAAGUACGUUUCGGAUGAGCAGUUGGCUUUGGUCAAAAAGCUCUUCGAUGACUGCCCAAUUUGGACCCGAAUCGCGCUGCAAUAUGAAUCCGGGUUGACCAACGACAAGCUCAAGUGCAUCACUCCUUCCCUGGCAUUUUACUUUAGCAACGGUCCAUGGCGAACUUUGUAUGUACGCUUCGGCUACGAUCCCCGCAAGGACUUCAAUAGUCGCUACUACCAGACCUUUGACUUCCGACUGCGAUUCAGCACUGGCCUCUCCGAAUUUGUGUACGCCAAGAAGUUCGUAAAGCAACGAAGAGCGGCGAACGCUCCAUUCGCGCCCAUAGAGGAUCGAGUGUCUGAUUUGGUUCAAGACAUUGACUAUCCCUACUUUGAUGAGCACAAGCUGCCGCGCUCCAGACAAUGCAUGCUGCGCUAUUGCGACGUCCGAAUGACAAGGAUCCAAGAAAUGCUGGAGAAGAUCCCCACACCUCUUACCGGAGCUGUGUGCAAUGAGCGCACGGGCUGGCUGCCGCCGGGAUUUGAUGCUCAAGUGCGACAGAUUGUCUGCGCUUCCAUUAGUGAACUUUUGCGCAAUCAUUACCGCAAGGAGAACCUUACAGCCGAGGUGGAAGCAGUUACCCAGGUCGACGAAGACGAUGAAGACGAAGCCGAGGACGAGGAGACACAGGAAGAGGACAUGGACCUGGAUGAAUCGCAAGCCAUGAGCAACUCGGAGCAAUACGUAGACAAUGAUAUCGAGCAACUCUUCGAUAAUAUCACAAGCUGAGUGAGGACGCCGACUGAAAUGAUUAUUAUUUAUAGCAUAGCAUAUAUUAUUUUUACUCAA